UUCCACACUCCAUGUUGGAAGACCAAAACAGUAUAGGUCGUUUUGAUCCACCGGAAACUUUGUGAAGAUUGCCCAUUAUUUCGCUUUUCUAAGGACGCAGAAAACGAAUGCAGUGGUGAAAUCUACUCAAAGUCGGAAGAGGUUGCCUGGGUUUGCUAGCACCUUGGUUGUGCUGCUCUGCCUACGCUGAUUGAAAUGAUUUAUCGGAUGCGAGCGGCAGUCAGACGGCCUAGCAAAGGAUGGGUGCUCCGUCUGUUCCUGGCACUCCAUUUGGCUGUCUCCAGGGCAGAAAAUACAGUUCUUGUUGGUUCAACGGACCCUGUUCGUGGCAUAGUUGGCGGGGAUGUCAUCUUGCCUUGUUUCCUGAGACCUACCAGCAGUGCUGUUGAAGAGUCAGUAGAGUGGCAGAGACUAGACCUGGAGCCAAAAGAGGUGCAUUUGUACCGAGACCAUAGUGACGACUAUGCGCUCCAGAAUCCAUCCUACACUGGAAGGACGUCACUGUUCCAUGAAGAACUGAAGAAUGGCAACGUCUCACUAAAGCUGACCAAUGUGAAACGCUCUGAUGCUGGAAAUUACACCUGUUACAUACCAACGUCAGGGCACCAGAAAACCACCAUUGAACUCUAUGUCGGCGAGGACGGGACUCCUUCAUCCUCCCUCCAACCCACCCAACCGCCCCUGAAAGACCAAUCAGGGAAAGUCGGGGGUGCAGCCCCUCGGCCAUGGCUCUUCACUGUGGAAACCAAAGACAAGGAAGUGGUCCUGAAGUGUGAGGCUGAAGGGUUAGUCUAUAAGCCUGAGUUGGUGUUGCUGAACAGUGAUGGAACCAUCCUCCUUGCUGAUGAACCUACUGAGAGACCCAUGGACUCAAGAGGGCUUGUACACAUUGACACGCUAUUUCACUGUCCAGAAGACUGCCACCAACGUGUUCACCUGUCGAGUUCAACAGCUGGAGAUCGAACACAUGAGGGAGACACGGAUUCAUGUUCCAGACAAAAUGUUUCAGGAGGAAUGCCCCUUGGAAUGGAAAGUUGGAGUUGUAAGAGGUGUUAUAGGAGGUGUUGUAGGUGGUGUUGCAGUUUUUCUGUUCAUGCGGAGAAACAACACCAACAACGCCCUAAAAUAGCACCCAGAAGAAAAAGCGAAAGCUAAGUCAUGGAUGUGUGACCUGAACUUCUUGGUUUUAGCCCUGUUCCAAUACUUUAAAGUCGCACUCCAGCCUCGUUUUCACCUCAUUUAUCACCGGAUGACAUCAUAGGGCACCAUCAGACUAACACCUUGAAUGACAUACUCCUUGUUACAAAAAAAAAAGAUUUUGGUUAACAUGACUGUAUUUAUACAUGGAAUAUCUUCUUUCAACGGGAAAAGUAAAUAAAAAAAUGGAAUGCGUCUUUAAAAUGCAUCCUUCCUUCUCUCCUCCCUUAUUUUCAGUAUUUACUGAUCUAAUAAGUGACACAUGAAGGGCUCCACUACAUAGUAGCUUUCACCAGUCCAGUGAUGAUACCAAUGAAUGUUUCAAAUGAUAGUCAUAGUUAUUUUACCCAAAGUAAUAAGUGUUUAAAUGUGUCACUUAGUUGACUGUGUUCAUGUGGUGUGUUAUUAGUCCGUUCUGUAAGAUUAAAUCCCGUCUCUCAUCCAUUUACACAGAAACCAAUGGCUGGUAUGCAGACAGCGACAUUGACGCCCUCCAGGUUCCUGUUCUCGAUAACAGCAAUGUAAAUGGCCAUCCUAAUGGUGUGCGUGUGUCACAACCUGGAGAACGGGACUCCAUGUAGGCUUUUUUCCUGGGAGCUGUUAGCUAGUUGUACAUGUCCUGCCUUGUAUGCUUUUUUUUAUUUAAGUUCUACAAGUUUUCAGUUGUCAUUGUCAUUUUUUUGGGGUUGAAAAGUCGUUUUUAAUUGUGAAUUAAAAUGAAAACAUGGAUUUUUACAUAA